GUGAAUUGAGUUGAUAAUGAGAUAUAGAUCUAUCAUUCAUGUUGUGAUCUAGUGUUUAUCCAUAAAUAUCUUUUAGUAUCUCCCGGUCUCCAAUGUGUAUCAUGUAUCACGAGGGGUUCCACAUCCUGCACAGGGAGCAUUGUGACCUGCCCAUCUGGAUAUGCCUGUGCAUCAGCUUACAUGCUAACCGUCAAUGCAGAUGGCAGCAAAGUUCUAGAUCUUGUUAGAUCAUGUGCACCAACAAACAAAUGUAAUGUCCAAGGCAGUGUGAGCUAUUAUGGUGCUGACAUCUUUAUGCAGACUACUUGUUGUACAUCCAAUUACUGUGUUCCAUCGGUACCUGCAGAACCAGUGCUUAAUCCUAGACCAAAUGGAUAUCAAUGUAAAACCUGCUCAUCCUUCGUUGAUACUUCUUGCAAUCCUUCAUAUUCUCUGCAAUGUACUGGGAAUGAAAACACAUGUGUUCAACUAAUGAAGCAAGUGACAGGUGGUCAGCUCGGUAAAGAAGCUUAUUAUGGUUGUGGGACCCGCAGUCUAUGUGAUAUUAGUUCCUUUUAUAUCUCAGGGGGUGGUGUAACCGUAGGUCUGGAAUUUACUUGCAAUAGUGGUGAAACCGUCACACGUUCUGGAAUGAUAUUCACUAUAGCGGCUUCACUUUUACUGAUUAAAUCUUUUUUUGUACAAUGUUAAAGAUAUUUAGCUAUUCACUAGAUGUGCAAGAACAUAUAAUGUUGCCUAGCAUUAUGGCUAAUAUCAGCCAUGUUUACAAUACCAAUUCUGAGUUACCAACAUUUGACUAAUAUAUAGA